AUGCGUGAAGAUAUAAACAUAAGUGGAGAUGCUACGACUGAUGCUUUACGUGACAUAACAAAUUCGAGCAAUAAUAUAACAAGAGAUGCAAGAACAGAAAGGCGUCUCAAAUUGCUUCAGAAACGUAACAAGACUGAGUUGGGAAUCCCGGUGUUGACUCAAUCAGAAGUUGUGAACGUUCAGUCUGUAGUAGCCUCACAACCAAAAUCAACCAGACAAAGUGAUCGAGAGAAAUCGUGCUCUGUCAAAAACAAGACGAGACGGUGUGAGAAGACAGACUUAGGAAUCCCUGUGGUGACUCAAUCAGAGGUUGUCAACGACCAGUCUGUAGGAGCCACACAAUCUGGAUCAAUCUUCUCACACAUUGAUCAAGGUUCAUCAAACAUAUAUCUUGAGGAACAAUCGUCCUCUGUCAAAAACAAGAGGAGACGAUGGGAGGAAACUGAGUGCGAAGUUCAUCCAGUAGACAUAGACUCGGAAUAUACCAGAUCUCAAGCAACCUACUGUGAUUCUCAAGUCACAUAUCAGUCUACUGUCAAAGAAAGAAAUACUGGUCCAAUCUUCGCAAGAGCUACUAAUAUCAGCCAUUCAGUGCUUACAUCUACAGCAAUAAAUGUGGACUCUGAUUCAUCAGCAGAUAGCUGUGAUGAUUUAUGGGAUUGUUCGAGCAAUGAAGGUGGAGAGGUUCUUUCUGAUUCCGAUACAGCAGAUGACAUCAACUCAGACGUUGUUAAACGUGAUGCACAGAAAAAAUUUGAAUUGGUCUCAAAAGCAGAAAAAGCUUUUGCCGACAUGUUAAGUCGUUUGAAGAACCAAAUUCCGGCAAAAAAACAAGUCCACCUACAGUCUGCAGUACUUAUACUCAAGAUAAAGGUAGAUGUAUACUAA